CCUGCUCUCAUUCACCUCGACUGAAGUUUGUUCCUCUGUCAUCGACAAACAUGGAGCUGUAUCUGGCCAUUCUUACCCUCACUGUUUUUCUCUCAACUGAUGCUCAAUUAGAGCAUGACGAUUUCUUAAUUACUGGAUGUUCUGAAACAGAAAAAGAAUCUAUGUAUGCAUCUGAUGAAGAGGAGAUUUGGCAUGCUGACUUCAAUCAAAAGACAGGAGUAGUUACAUUACCUGAUUUUGCAGAUCCUAUAAGCUUUCCAGGAUUUUAUGAAGGAAGUGUUGCAAACCUUGAAGCAUGCAAAGCCAAUUUGGCUUCACUCAUUAAAGUUUACAAGAGCCCACCAGAGGAAAUGGAACCCCCUGAGACAUCCAUCUAUACAAGGAACGAUGUGCAGCUGACUGUUGAAAACACCCUCAUCUGUCACGUGACAGGCUUCUUUCCUCCACCUGUCAAUGUCUCGUUCGCUAAGAACAAUGUCAUUGUGACUGAAGGAGUGAAUCUGACUCAGUACCGACCGAGGAGCGAUGGAUCCUUCCACGUGUUCGCUUAUCUGAAGAUCACUCCUGAAGAGGGAGACGUUUACAGCUGCACAGUGAACCACCGAGCGCUCCAGGGCCAACCGCAGACUAAAAUAUGGAGCGUCCCGGUGGCAGCUGCUGUCCUGCCCAGUGUGGGUCCGGCGGUCUUCUGUGGAGUGGGAUUGACUCUGGGGCUGCUGGGAGUCGCUACUGGACUCUUCUUCCUCAUUAAAGCAACUACAACUGACACGCCAGAUAUGGCCAAAAACAUCAAACAUUUAAUGCAGUGGACCCAAUCAAAGAAAGUUUCUCCACGAUUCUGAAGACAAUAAUACAGUGCAUCAUUUUUGCUUUUAAAGCCUUUUUGCUUACACAUUACAUUUGCAUUUCUUCAAAAGUAAUCUAAAGAAAUCAUAAUCUUGAUACUGAGUAACUUAAUAAUAACAUAAGACACUUUUGCUGCCUUAAUGCUAAAUGUAGCUGAUUUUGUCAUGGAGUGAAAUGUUUAAUUUUUUGUACUUAAAAUUAUGGCAAUAAAAAUUUAACAUGUUUGAGAAACUUUUAUAAUUAUAUUUUUUAUGUUUUGUGGAAUACAUUUCAAAUAAAGAUU